AUGUUAAAUAAAAGUGUAACUAAUGACGCAUGGAGAGUGAACAUACCAGAACAUGAAACGUUUAAGUCAAUUGAAUAUAGGAACAGAAGUGAAAUUUAUGAUUACGGGUGUUUAAUCACACCUCUAAAUGCUCAAAUUGACCAUGAAGGUGAUUUGAAAUCGGAUAUAGUUUCUCAAGUUUGCUGCAAUGCAUUCUUGAGAACUAGAGUUUUGGAUAUGGAAUGGGAAAGAAUCAGACGGCAUGUUUUUAAUUUCGCCAAAGAGCAAUUUGGUAGGGUUUUUGAGGAAAUCAAACACAUCAAUUUCACGGAAGAUUAUUCAAUUCUGCCCAUCACAGUAUCCAUUGGAUCCAACAUCAACGAUUUUGAUAUAACAUAUCAUACCAUAAACACGGAUUCUGAUAUUAUCGCAAUUAAACUAGACAACUCGAAACAAAUCGAUGAUAUGAUAAGAGAAUUAGUUGGGCAAGUUUCCAGAAAAGUUAAGCUGAAGAGGGGUAAAUCAUUGAUUAAACGAUUGGUAACUGCUAAAGAAGUUUUAGAUGGUAAAGUUAUUCUUACUGUCAUUUCAGAAAAUAAUCCGCAGUUUCUAUUCUCUCUCCAGUUAAUUAGAGAAUGGACUGAAAUACCAAUAUCUUGUCUAAUUCUAAAUGUGACUAAUAAUGAUUUAUUUGAAUCAAAUAUUCCACACGACCUCUAUGCUAAAUUAAGAAUUCAUCAUAUUCAAGCGUGGGAUUCCAGUAAAAUAGUAGAUAAUUUAUGCAAAAGGUUGUUGUUUGAACCCGGAUUUACAACAUUCUUACACCACCCCAAUAAGAUAUUGGAACUUUGGGAAUCAUACUACAAUGAAUCAUUCAGCCUCUCAACCAUUAUGUUGAAGUUGCACGAACUAUUACACAAAGCUAUGUCUGAUCGACCUUUGGGGUUCUCCGCUAGAUCUCUCAUAGAUAUACUAGGUUAUGAUGUUGUACAUCAUGAUGUAAUCUCAGCAAUUUUGGAUGAUUAUUCUUUUGAUAAAAUAUGUAAAAGUGACUGGGGAAAGCUAGCAUUAACGAGAUUAGCCAGCAUGGCAUUAGCUGGUGGAAUAAAUGAACCUUUAAUCACAUAUUACCAAAUUUCACUUAAUAAUAUUUCUGAGGAUCAUUCUAACGUUUGUAAUUACGAAUUACCAGGGAAUAACCUAGAUGAAAACAUCUUACAUUUGGCAGUCGGGCCAUUAUCAAAGGGUGCAUUGCAAUUAUCUAUUUCGAAAUUAAAAUAUACUAUUGGGUUAAAAAUAUCAUAUGAAAUAUUGAAGUUGUCUGAAUUGGAUGAAAUAAGUAGGUUGCGUAAGUUAGUUGCAAUGCUAUACUCCAACUGCAAGUUUCCCACUGCCAAAACUUGUGAAAAUUUGCUUACUUACAUGCAAUCCAUUAAUUUUCCGAGUGAAUUUAGCAUGGAAUUGUUUGGUAAGCCACUCAAGUUUGAAUGUGUUAGGAAAUUAUUUGUGGAAUUGCCAUUCUAUCAUCCACUGGCCAAACAACUUGCAACUUGUACUAACGUCGGAGUUGCUGAUGUUAUUAAUGAAGAAUCUGAUUGGAAAAUACUGGCAGAAAUCAUUUCAUCGUAUAAAAAGUGUAAUGCGUGGAUGCUAUUUAAGAGCUUCAAGGAUCAGUUGCCCAAAUCUGCAAAUGUUGGUAUUGCUGCCAUAAGAUUCACAAGCGCCCUGACCUCUAUCUGUCAAAUUAUGGGUAUUUGUGCUACUAGACAAAAAAAUUGCCUUGCUAAUACGCAAAAUUCACUGGCAAAAAGUUUAUCAAAACUGAUGAUCUACAGACUGCCAACUAUUUAA